AAAAAAAAAAAGAGAAAAAGUACUAAUAAAAUUCUCAGAGAAGUUCGGGACAGGUGGAGAGCUACGAUGGGUGGGAGCAACAAAUAACAAUGGUCACCGAUGCACAAUACAGAAAUCUGAUAACAUAACCCUACUAAAGAUCCCCUCCCCGAUCUCUUUCUCUCUCCAUAUCUCGCCGUCACCGUCACCACCACCACCAGCGGCUGCUACCACCGGAACCUGCUCUCCAGGGAGGGGUCCGGGUCUCCCUUCUAUGUUUGCAUUGAUACUUUGGCUCCACUUUUCCUGCAGUCCUUCUCUAUGCAAAUCAUGAUAUAGGUAGUACGAGUACAUAAUGGCUUCUAAGGGACCAAGGUCUAAGCUCGAGCAUGAGACAAGAGCUAGGCGUCAAAAGGCUCUUGAAGCACCUAGAGAGCCCCAGCGUCCUAAAACUCAUUGGGAUCAUGUUUUAGAGGAAAUGGUCUGGUUGUCAAAGGACUUUGAGUCUGAGAGGAAAUGGAAAUUGGCUCAGGCGAAGAAGGUUGCAUUAAGAGCCAGCAAGGGCAUGUUGGACCAGGCCACCAGGGGAGAAAAGAAGUUGAAGGAAGAGGAACAGCGGUUGCGAAAAGUUGCACUUAAUAUUUCUAAGGACGUGAAGAAAUUCUGGAUGAAGAUAGAGAAACUGGUGCUUUACAAGCAUCAAAUGGAGCUUGAUGAGAAAAAGAAAAAGGCACUUGAUAAACAGCUUGAAUUUCUUUUAGGGCAAACUGAGAGGUACUCAACAAUGUUGGCAGAAAAUUUAGUGGACCCACACAGGCCUGUGCAACAAUGUCCUGCUCAGCAUCAACUAAAUUCUCCUGGUAAAGCAGAUAUGAAUGAUUUUGGUGAACCUCUGGAAUUGAAUGCUGAUGCUGAUGAAGAUUUUGAUGUGCACUCUGAAGAAGAAUCAGAAGAUGAUGAGCAAACAAUAGAGGAAGAUGAGGCUCUUAUAACUGCAGAAGAAAGACAAGAAGAAUUGGCAGCUUUGAACAGUGAAAUUGAUCUUCCACUUGAGGAGCUCCUUAAACGUUAUGAUGUGGAAAGAGUUAGCAGAGAAAGUAGUCCAGAAAAGAGGGAGGAUGCGAUUGAGUCAAUAUCAGUGAAAGACAAUAACAGCAAUGGGAACUGUUUUUCUGCUUCCAGUAAAAUUGACACAACCAACUCGCUUGAUCGUCGUUCUAAUGAAAGCAACGGUGGUUUGUCAUUAGACAUUGAGGCAUCUCCCCCCAGAAAUCUGUCAGAAAGCUCUGGGGAGCUAGCCAAAGAAGAUGUUCCAUAUGAUUUCAGCGACGAACAGGAAGAUGGUGAUUUUACCCUUGCCGGAGAAGAGAAGGUAUAUAAUAUGGAUGAUGAGACAACCCUGUCGGAGGAGGAGGAACUCGCAAAAGCAGAUUCAAGUAAUCCCAUAGAUGAGCUUGCGUUACUGCAAAAGGAGAGUGAAAUUCCCGUGGAAGAAUUGCUUGCAAGGUAUAAAAAGGACUUCAGUGGUGAUGACGUGUCUGGGGAUGAAUUGGAGUAUGCCUCAGCUUUGUCAGAAGACCUCUUGGAUUUGCCAGCACAUCAAAAUGUUGAAACAAGAGAGGAGGGUAGUGCUAAGGAUGAAAAUCUUGAAACCAGUGCUGGCUUGGGUGUGGUGCAUCCCUCUGCUGAAGAGAGGGAUGGAAGCCCUGAUAGAAAACCAGAAGAUGGAAUGGAAAGUGAGAUUAGAAUUGCUGAUGCUGCUGCUGCUGCAAGAUCAGCACAACCAACAGGCAAUACAUUCUCAACUACUAAUGUUCGUACAAAGUUUCCUUUUCUUCUCAAACACCCCCUUCGUGAAUAUCAGCAUAUUGGCUUGGACUGGCUUGUUACAAUGUAUGAGAAAAGGUUAAAUGGAAUUCUAGCUGAUGAAAUGGGGCUUGGAAAGACAAUCAUGACAAUUGCUCUGCUUGCACACCUAGCUUGUGAAAAGGGAAUAUGGGGUCCUCAUCUCAUUGUGGUUCCAACAAGUGUGAUGCUUAACUGGGAAACUGAGUUUCUUAGAUGGUGUCCUGCCUUCAAAAUUCUGACAUACUUUGGAAGUGCUAAAGAGCGCAAAUUUAAGAGGCAGGGCUGGUUGAAACCAAACUCAUUUCAUGUAUGCAUAACGACUUACAGACUGGUUAUACAGGAUUCUAAAGUCUUCAAGCGGAAGAAGUGGAAAUACUUAAUCUUGGAUGAAGCUCAUCUCAUUAAAAACUGGAAGUCCCAAAGAUGGCAAACUCUUUUGAACUUCAAUUCAAAACGGCGUAUCUUGUUGACUGGUACACCACUGCAGAAUGAUCUUAUGGAACUCUGGUCACUAAUGCAUUUUCUAAUGCCCCACAUUUUUCAGUCUCAUCAAGAAUUCAAGGAUUGGUUCAGUAAUCCUAUAUCAGGGAUGAUAGAUGGACAAGAAAGAGUGAACAAAGAGGUUGUUGAUCGUUUGCAUAAUGUCCUCCGUCCAUUUAUACUGCGGCGAUUGAAAAGGGAUGUUGAAAAACAGCUUCCAAUGAAACAUGAGCAUGUCAUAUAUUGUAGGCUCUCAAGAAGGCAGCGCAACUUGUAUGAAGACUUUAUUGCUAGCUCAGAGACACAAGCCACUCUUGCAAGUGCCAAUUUUUUUGGGAUGAUCAGCGUUAUUAUGCAACUUCGCAAAGUUUGUAAUCAUCCUGACUUAUUUGAGGGACGUCCAAUUGUGAGUUCUUUUGAUAUGGGUGGUAUUGAUAUCCAAUUGAGUUCUUCCAUUUGUUCAAUUCUUUCACCUGGUCCAUUUUCAACUGUAGAUCUUAAGAAUUUGGGAAUUUUAUUUACUGAUCUUGAUUUUAGCAUGACUUCUUGGGAGAGCGAUGAAGUAGAAGCCCUGGCUACUCCAUCAAAUUUAAUAGAAGAACGUGCUGACCAGGAUAAUCUUGAGGAAAUUGGGACCUUUUCUAAACAUCAUAAGAGCUUGCGUGGGACAAAUAUAUUUGAAGAGAUUCGAAAUGCUUUAAGGGAGGAGAGGUUAAGAGAAGCAAAACAACGAGCAGCAUCAAUUGCAUGGUGGAAUUCUUUGAGAUGCCGGAAAAAACCAGUUUACUCGACAACAUUAUGCGAACUGCUCUCGGUGAAGCAUCCUGCAUUUGAUAUCCACCAUCAAAAAGCUGAUCGUCGAUCCUACUUGUACUCCUCUAGGCUUGCUGAGAUUGUACUUUCGCCAGUUGAACGCUUCCAGGCAAUGAUUCAUCUGGUUGAGUCUUUCAUGUUUGCAAUCCCAGCUGCACGGGCACCAGCACCAGUUUGUUGGUGCAGCAAAACAGGAACUUCUAUGUUUUUGCACCCAACUUAUGUAGAGAAAUGUGCUGAAACUUUGUUACCCCUCGUAACACCUAUUAGACCUGCACUUGUCAGGAGGCAAGUAUACUUUCCUGACAAGCGGCUGAUACAGUUUGACUGUGGUAAGUUGCAGCAGCUGGCAGUUUUAUUACGGAGAUUGAAGUCUGAAGGUCAUCGAGCAUUAAUAUUUACCCAAAUGACAAAGAUGCUUGACAUCUUGGAGGCUUUCAUAAAUUUGUAUGGGUAUACCUACAUGCGUCUGGAUGGAUCCACUCAACCUGAGGAGCGGCAAACAUUAAUGCAACGAUUCAACACAAAUCCUAAAAUUUUUCUUUUCAUCUUAUCAACCCGUAGUGGAGGAGUUGGUAUUAACCUUGUUGGGGCAGAUACAGUUAUCUUUUAUGAUAGUGAUUGGAAUCCUGCCAUGGAUCAACAAGCUCAAGAUCGCUGCCAUCGAAUUGGACAGACACGUGAAGUGCAUAUCUAUCGUCUGAUCAGUGAGAGCACCAUUGAAGAGAAUAUCUUGAAGAAAGCAAAUCAGAAGCGUGCCCUUGAUGAUCUAGUUAUACAAAGUGGAGGGUACAAUACUGAAUUUUUCAAGAAGCUUGAUCCUAUGGAAUUGUUCUCGGGUCAUAGAACUCUUUCUGUUAAGAGUAUUCAGAAGGAGAAAAAUCAUAACAGUGGCAUCGAGGUCUCUGUAUCUAAUGAUGAUGUAGAAGCUGCUUUGAAAUAUGCAGAAGAUGAAGCAGAUUACAUGGCAUUGAAGAAAGUUGAACAGGAAGAGGCUGUCGACAACCAGGAGUUUACAGAGGAAGCCAUGGGCAAAGUGGAAGAUGAUGAGUUUGUAAAUGAGGAUGAUAUGAAGGCUGAUGAGUCAGCUGAUCAGGGUGGAUUAAUGACAGCUUCAAAUAAAGAUAAUGGGCUGAAAUUAAAUGGGGUUGGUCCUAUGGAAGAGAAAGCUCUCACUUUUGCUGGCAGAGAAGAGGAUGUCGAUAUGCUGGCUGAUGUCAAGCAGAUGGCAGCAGCUGCUGCAGCAGCAGGACAAGCUAUCUCAUCCUUGGAGAAUCAAUUAAGACCAAUUGAUCGAUAUGCAAUCCGUUUUCUGGAAUUAUGGGAUCCCCUCAUAGACAAGGGAACAAUGAAUUCUGAAGUUAGAUUUGAGGAGGCAGAAUGGGAACUUGAUCGCAUUGAGAAGUACAAGGAGGAAAUGGAAGCUGAGAUUGAUGACGAUGAGGAACCUCUAGUGUAUGAGAAAUGGGAUGCUGAUUUUGCUACAGAAGCAUAUCGACAGCAGGUUGCUUUGGCUCAACAUCAGUUAAUGGAAGAACUGGAAUAUGAAGCCAAAGAGAAGGAAGAGGCAGAUGAUGGGAAUUUUGAUGCUAUGAAUGAGAUGGUAAGUGAACCUAAACCAAAAUCUAAGAAGAAGAAGAAGCCAAAGAAAGCCAAAUUUAAAUCUCUGAAGAAGGGAUCUUUAAGUUCUGAAGUGAAACCUGCAAAAGAAGAGCCAAAAGCAGAACCUAUGUCCAUCGAUGAUGAUGUUAACUCUCAUGAAGAGCUCUCUUAUUCAGAUAUUGCAUCACCAUCUUAUCAUGUGCCAAAAAAACGUAAGAAGGUUGAGAUAGUGCAUGAUGCUGAAGAAGGGAAGAGCACUAAGAAGAAGCCUAAAAAACUAAAGAAACCUCCUGAGCUACGUCCUGUAUACUGGGAUCCAAAUGCAGUUCGUAAGAGGAAUGAUGACUGUGCAGAGGUAAAACCAUGUGAGAGCCUUGCGGUUGAGUUUGAGCAGAAACCUGCUAGCAGGAGUAAAACAGGAGGAAAAAUUUCCAUUACUUCCAUGCCUGUAAAACGAGUCUUAAUGAUAAAACCAGAGAAAUUGAAGAAGGGCAAUAUUUGGUCAAGAGAUUGUGUUCCAUCACCUGAUUCUUGGUUGCCACAGGAGGAUGCUAUAUUAUGUGCAGUUGUGCAUGAAUAUGGCCCACAUUGGAGUUUGGUUAGUGAAACACUCUACAGCAUGACUGCUGGUGGCUUUUACAGGGGAAGAUAUCGCCAUCCAGUUCAUUGUUGUGAGAGGUACCGGGAACUAAUUCAACGGCAUAUUUUGGCUGCACCAGACAGUUCAGUUAAUGAAAAAUUCAGCAAUGCAGGCUCUGGAAAAGCUCUUCUCAAAGUAACAGAGGAUAACAUUCGAAUGCUGUUAAACUUUGCUGCUGGGCAGCCAGAUCAUGAGUUACUAGUUCAAAAGCACUUCACUGCCUUACUUUCAUCUGUAUGGAGGGUGAAGUCUCGCCCUGAAAAUCGACAAAAUGUCUCAUCAUCUCGGAAUGGUGUUCGUUUAGGGGGAAGGUUCCUCAGUCCUUUUCUGAGCCACACACCUCAGGGUUCUGCAAAGGAACCAGCACAGAGGAUGAAAUUUACAAAUUUGCGGGAGUGUAGCAAGUUGUUAUCAGCUGCACUCCAUGAUGCCAGCAAUAGACAACGGAGUGACACAGUUUCCUCCUCUGAUAGGAGAGGGGAUUCUCCUGUCAUUGCGGAAUGUUUAGAGAUAACACUGGAAAUACAGGAGAGUGGUGACUCUCUGAUUCCAUUCCCACCAGUAAUAAAUUUAUCAAUAUAUGGUUCAGAUCUUGUUACAUCUAGAAACGAGACCACUGGAGAAGACCUCCAUCUCAAAGCUUCAAACGUUGCGGCUGAGAACCGGUCUAGGGCAGCAGCUAGGGCUUGUGUUGGAGGUGGUCUGGGUUGGGCUUCAUCUGCCUUCCCAGCAAAUGAUUCCAAGUCACGUUCAGGGUCGAAAUUGCCAUCUUUGGGGAAGCACAAGCUGUCUGUCUCUGACACAAUGAGAUCUAAAUCAAAACUGAAGAAGGCUUCAAUGGAGCAUGGUGAUGUACACAACUUAUUGCCAGAGCAAGUGUUCCAACCAGUGGCAACAAUUGCUCCGAAUGAUCCCUACUUAAGAUGUGACCUGACAUCUGUGACUAAUGACAGCAGUUGGGCUGAUGUUGUUGAUAGUGAUUUAUGUUGCAGCAUGGAUGAGGCCCUUUCACUGGAAUCAGAGGUUUAUGAAGUGGUCCCACAUAGUUAUAUCGCCGGAUAUAUUUCAGGCCUCGAUGAUUGUUCGAUGCUCCCAGACUAUACUGACAUUGGGUAAGGUUAAUCCCAUUGCUCUAAAUUGCUUGAUGUUCUUGGUUGAAGCUUUAUUGUGAUGGAUGGAGCUCAAAGUAAUUCUUUGAGCAAGCCAGAUCCUCGGCGUGGGGUACACUGUCAAUUGGAUCACCAUUUUUGGAUGCCAUACGAGGGGAGUGGCUACACAGGUUUCCCUGUUCACGCUCCAAAACUCCAUUUAACAUUUUUUGGCAAGGAGAGAGAGUUGGCAGGAGGCCAGCCAUGGACGUCUACCCACUCACAUCACUGCUGAUGAAUUUUUUUCCAUUGCCAGAGGAUCCGGUGAGCUGCAGUGAAUAUAGAAAACGUAGCACUAAUUUUUUGUAAUUAAUUAAUUAAUUAGCGGGACAACUUGGGCUUUGGUUGGGCAUUUUGUAUUUCAGAUUUUGGCACAUAGAAAGGUAGUUCUAGUUAUUAGAAAAUGGGAAGACGUUCACGGCAGUUCCUCGCAAAUCUUUGCUCCACUUCUACUAAUUCCAGCAACCCAAUAGUAUUACUAGCGGAUCA